AUGGCAGGGUUUUGGAAUGAGAUGAUCUUUAAGGUCCUUUCCAAGCCAUAACAUAUUUUUCUCUGAUUCUAUGAGGGGCACAGUGCUGGCGGCUGCUGUCCUGGCUGUCUCUGCCGGCACCUCUGAGGGCUGAGGGAUUCUCCAGAGGGAAAGCUGGCUGGACACGUCUGCCCUCAGCAUAGUAUCAUUUGAUUUAGAAUUACAGCCUUGAAGUCCCUUUGUUUUAGCACAGGAAGUGCAGAGCAAGGAAUCCUUCCCAACUCCUUGUCUCCCAGCUUUCCAAUAUAACUACAGAUGAUCCUUCCCACACUUCCCCUUUUUUUUUUUUUUGCUCCGUGUUCAUGGAUUUUUGGAGGUUUUUUUCAUCAAAGGCAGAUGUUUGACUGGCCAAGAUUUGUGCAGACUUCUUUAUCUCUAGUGGGUUAAAAUCAAACAGAAGAUGCCCAGGAAAAGAGUGACUCUGGCCACUUCCUGCCUUUGUUCUGUUGUUGGGGUGGGAGCUGCUCUCUGCCUGAGAGAAGAAGGAGGGAGCAGUUAAUAGAACUGGAGCGUGUUCAUCUUCUGCUGCUCUGUGAUUAUGUGCUGGAACUGUAAUUUCUUCUGCUAUACCUUUUGGGGCAGAAUUAUAUGGAUACAACCGAGGAGAAUGUUACCUGUGAGAUGAGUUAUUUAGGGAUCCUGUUGGAUAUACAGAAAUACUUUGGGCUCAGCGAUGGGAAGACAGGUCUGCUGCAGACAGUGUUCACCUUGUGUUACAUGCUGGCUGCCCCCAUCUUUGGAUACCUCGGAGACCGCUACAACAGGAAAGUCAUCCUUGGAGCUGGGAUUCUCUUCUGGUCUGGUGUCACCUUGGGCAGUUCCUUCAUCACUGAGUCUUAUUACAGGAUAUUUGUUCUCUCACGAGGUCUGGUUGGCAUUGGCACAGCCAGUUACUCCACCAUAGCACCCACCAUCAUUGCAGACCUGUUUGAGGAAGGAAAAAGGACCACAGUGUUAUCUAUCUUCUAUAUCUUCAUUCCAGUGGGAAGUGGCUGUGGUUACAUGCUGGCAGCUGGCAUGGCAAAGAGCACGGGGGACUGGCACUGGGCAUUCAGGGUAACUCCUUGCAUGGGAGGUCUAGCACUGCUCCUCCUGAUUCUCCUGGUCCCUCCCAGGAUCCAGAGAAGGACAGCGAGACACAGAGCACUGAGCAUCUCCGGCACAAGACGAGGAGCAGAUGAGACACCAGGUGUACCCAGAACUGCCAAGACUACUUGGUGUCAAGAUGUUGGAUCCCUUGCCAAGAACUGUAGUUUUGUCUGGUCCUCACUGGGUCUGACAGCCAUGGCCUUUGUCACUGGAGCCCUGGGAAUGUGGGUACCACUGUUCCUGUACAGGGCUCAGCUUGUCCAGGGCAUUGUCCCCCCCUGCCUCCAGGAAUCGUGCAAUUCAUCCAACAGCCUGAUCUUCGGGGGCAUCACCGUUGGGACGGGAAUUGUGGGGGUCGUCGCUGGGGCAGAAGCCGCGAGAAGAUUAAGGAAGAUGUACAAUAAAGCUGAUCCUCUGAUCUGUGCCACCAGCAUGUUCAGCUCUGCCCUGUGCCUCUACACAGCUCUCAUGGUGGCCCAGACCAGCAUCCUUUCCACCUUUAUUUUUAUUGCAUUUGGAGAACUGUUUUUAUCUGUGAACUGGGCUGUUGUGACAGACAUACUGCUGUACGUGGUGACCCCGAGGCGCCAGUCCACGGCCAUCGCCCUGCAGAUCCUGCUGAGCCACCUGCUGGGGGAUGCAGGCAGCCCGUACCUCAUCGGGGCUAUCUCCAAUGCCCUGCAGGCCCGGGGUGCUCCGUCCUUCCAGAGCAGCUUCCGGAGCAUCCAGAGCAGCUUUGCCAUCUGUGCCUUCGUGGGGGCCUUUGGAGGAGCCUUUUUCCUCCUGACAUCUCUGUACAUCGAGGGAGAUCGGAGAGAAGCAGAAAGGCCCUGAGGUGUCUGUAUGUCUGUAUGACUUCUAGACUUGUAGCUGGUGGCUUUCCCGUGGGGACACCAGCCAUGGUAUGGGAUCUGAACCAAUAUCUGUGUUGUGGUAAUGCCACACUACUUUUGAUAAAAAAGAUAAAGGCAAAAUCCCAGCAAAGUCUCAGAUUAAAUAAACCUCCCAUGUCGAGCAAAACAGACCCCAGAGCUCACAAGGACCAGGGAAGUGCUGGUAGUGACAUCUGCAAAAUGCUGCAGUGCCUGGAGGAAAUAACAUCCUUUACUGUAGUGCACCAGUGCAGACUGCAGGGAGCAGGAGGUUCUUCUGCUCUGGUCUUUCUCAGCCCUGUAGAACCAGUCCUGGCUCUCUGUAGCACUUUUCCCUCUUCCCAGGGAAGUUCAUGUUCAAAGUGUAAAAGACCUGAAGUAAACCUGUUGAAUUGGACAGAACACAUCCUCAGUCCCCUGGGUUCUUACAGCCUCCUUCUGCUCUGACUUGGUUUUCCAGGUACCAGCAAAGAACUGUCUCUCAGAGGAAGAUGAACUCUGGGGCGAGAUUUGCACAGAAGAAAAGACCAUCCUCCCCUUUUUCUUUCCUUUUUGCUUAAUGAGAUACAGCUGGAGAAAAGGCCAAAUCACAAUUCCUCCAUAUGGCAGAAAAUCCUGCACACUGACUUUUUU